AUGGCUGUCCCAGGACGUGAAGUCGAUUUGUCCACACUUGCCCGCCAUCUCGUCGAACACGGGCCCCAUAAGACGCUUCACACAGAGCGACGCGUGAGGAUCUUGAUCAACGGCGCUUGCAUCGCGGAUACACUCGGCACAAAAGGAGCUCUGUUCGUAUGGGAGCAUCCAUACUAUCCUCAACUCUACUUUCCCAAAAGUGCUCUGCUUGAACAUGUCCAAGGCUAUGACAUCAAGUACGAGCAGCAUCAAGAUGUCAAGGACUCAAACGAAAAGAUCAUUGCAAAUACGCUCAAGGUCAAGUGGCUCGAAGAAGACACUCCAAUAUUCGUGCACCCAAAAGACCCCUUCAAGCGCGUCGACAUCCUGCAGUCGGCACGCGGCAUAAAAGUCUCCCUCAAAGGCACCACAAUCGCAGAGACUAGUUCUUGCAUGCAGCUCUACGAGACCGGUCUUCCAGUCCGCUACUACAUGCCGCUAACCGCCAUCGACACUUCUGUCUUACGACCCAGUAGAACGACAACGCAGUGUCCAUACAAGGGUGAGGCUGAGUACUAUGAUGUAGUUGUUGAUGGCGAGACCUACAAGGAUAUCGUGUGGUUCUACACUAGACCUACGAUUGAGUGUGCUGCAAUCACUGGGUUGUGCUGUUUCUACAAUGAGAAAGUGGAUAUGAUGAUAAAAACCGGAGACGAGUGGCAGAAGAUGGAAAGAGCAAACUCCAUCUUCAGUUAA